AUUUAUACAUUGCAAAAUUCGUGCAGUGCAUUGUGGUCGUUUGUGCAAGAAAUAAGAGUGUUUUAUACAUGCAUGAAAUAUUAUUAAAUUUAUAUUGUAGAUAGAAUUAUUACGAUCAUUAAGUAUACGAAAUAUAUUUCCAAAUAAUAAUAAUCAAUAAGUAACCAUUUUUAAUAAAAAAAAAUAAAUAUGUCAACCGACGAAAAUUCCUGGCGUACACAAAGUUUCAGGCAAAGUGUAGUAGCAAAACUCGAUGAAGCUGUACAAAUGUCUGGUGUGUCUACAGCAAAGAAUAGCGUUGAAAUGGAAAGUCACGUUUACCAGAAAGCAAAAACCAAGGAGGAAUACCUAGGCUUCAUUGCAAGACUUAUAUUCCAUGUUAGAGAAAUGAAUACGAAAAAACCAGGCAAUGUCGUCGGACCUGGAUCAGCUGGUAACGGGAAUCAAGGAAUGCCAGAUCCGAUAGGUGCAUUACAAACUUUAGCGAGACAAGGAACAGGCAAUAAUCAAAUGAUUGGAAUGGGUGGACCUGGGCCUAAUCCACAAGGCAUUGUACCACAAUCUUCUACAAAUACAGCUACUAAUCUUUUGCAAAGUUUAAAUCAACGUCCUGGACAACCAAUGACCAUGCCUGGUUUGCAAAAUAAAAUGUCUGGAAUGGGUAUGAUGCAAUCUGUUGGUACUAUGAGUCACAUGAAUGCAAUUCAAGGUAUGCAAAGUGGUGCAAUUUUAACUCAAAUUAAUCAAAUGAAUCAAGGAAAUAUGCCACAGCAAAUGAAUCAAAUGAUUCCUACUCAAAUGAAUCAAAUAAAUACUGGACAAAUGCAACAGAAUAUGCAGAAUCAAAUGCAAAAUCAAUUGUCAGGACAAAUGUCUAAUCAAAUUGGUGGAUCUUUAAAUGCUAUGCAAAAUAAUAUGUCUCAGCAAAUGAAUCAAAUUUCUUCUGGUCAGAUGGGUCCUGCACAAGUAACGCAACAAAUAAAUCACAUGCAAAGAAAACCUGGAGAAAUAAUAAAUAAUGUAUUUCCUGGUCCACGUAAUGUUACUCCAAACACAUUCUUAAGACAAAGUCCAUCUCCAUCUGCCCCCAGUCCAGCAGCUUUAGCAGCACCAGCAAGUAAUCAAAUGGUAGCAUCUCCAGCUUUAGUACCAUCUCCAAGUUCACAACAUCCUAUCAUAGCCGGACCACAAAGAUCUGUUGGUAUGGCACCAUCUCCUAGUAGCUCGUUAAAUACUCCAGUAGCUGUGGGUGCAACACCUAGUCCCCAACAAGAAGAUCAAGCGUAUAGAGAUAAAGUUCGACAACUCAGUAAAUACAUAGAACCAUUGAAAAGAAUGAUUUCCAGAAUGGGAAAUGAUGGAAAUGUCGACAAAUUGAGUAAAAUGAAAAGAUUAUUGGAAAUUUUAUCGACGCCCAGUAAACGUAUGCCAAUGGAAACACUUCUGAAAUGUGAAGUUGUAUUAGAAAAAGUCGACUUUAAGAGAAAUGACGGUAGUGUUGGGCCACCUGUGACUACUUUAAAAGAACAUCAUUUCUUUAGUCCACUUUUGGAAACAGUAAGCACUCAUUUACAAAGUCCAGUAAUAAAUCACACUUUACAGCGUACUUUCGGUCCAUGUUCAGAAGCAUUGUUUGGACCAGAGAUUAAAACUUUGCCACCGUUGAAUAAAAGAAAGAUAGAGGAACCACCUAGUGAAAUACCAGAUGUUUUACAAGGAGAAAUUGCACGUCUCGAUCAACGAUUUAAAGUGAGUCUGGAUCCAGCACAACAAAAUGGUUCUAAAUGUAUACAAUUAAUAUGUUGGUUGGAUGAUCGCCAUUUACCAUGCGUACCACCCAUAUCAGUCAUCGUACCUGCUGAUUAUCCCUUAACACCACCGCGUUGCGUUAUGACGUCUCACGAAUAUACAACAACGUUUCUUUGCGCUGUACAGAAGGCCCUUAACGCACGCAUUACUAAACUUCCACGUCAUUUCUCUGUGUCACAGUUACUCGAUACUUGGGAAAUGAGUGUGAGACAAGCAAGUUCAUCAACGCAAACCCCUAUCACAGCUAGCACGGUCUUAAUGGGCCUGUAGUUAAUAUUUUCUGAAUAAUAGAUUUACUUUCUUUUAUAAUAUAUCUAUAAUUAUUAUAUUAAAAUAGUUAUUAUAGUAAAUUGUU